AUGUCCUUGCCUCCGGCUCAGCCCGCUUACAUACUGCGAGGCCAUGCUGCUGCAAUCCAUUCGGCUUCGUUCAUGCACUCGAACCGCCGCCUCGUCACGGGAGAUGCGGACGGUUGGAUAGUCGUCUGGAGUCUGGAGACCAAGAGGCCCGUCGCUGUAUGGAGAGCUCAUGAGGGCGCCAUCCUUGGGGCAAGAAGCUGGGGUCCGGAGAAGCUGAUCACACAUGGCAAAGACAAUAAGCUGAUAGUAUGGAACUUCCGAGAGGAAGACGAAGCUACAAUGAGCGUUGUCCUCCCCGUAGAUACGCCCCCCGAGCCCAGAAAACAACCCUGGUUACUCCACGUUCUCCAUGUGAACACCAUGAACUUCUGUUCCUUUGCUCAAUGCACUAUUCAAAAACCCCCCUCAGAGGACUCUCCUACCACCGAUGAAUUACUGAUAGCGGUACCCAACACCAUGAGUUCCGAAACCGUCGAUAUCUUCCACCUCCCAUCCGAGGAACGCAUCCAUACCGUCCCAGGCGACCCCUCAAUAAAAGGAGGCAUGGUAAUGGCCAUCUCUCUCUUCCCACACCCUUCCAACCAGCACCUGACCGUCAUCGCCGGCUACGAAAGCGGGCACACGAGCGUCAGCCAGCUUUCUUCGGCGUCCCAAACAUGGCACGUGUUAUACACAGCGCAACCGCAUUCCCAACCCAUCCUCUCGCUCGACGUCUCGCCCUGCAAAGAUUCCUACCUGACGUCCUCGGCCGAUGCCAUCAUCGCCCAACACCCGAUCCCCGACGUCUCUGCCGACGACGACCAAGUAGUGAUCCGGAAAGCGAAAGAAGGCACGCCGUUGAAAACGCUGCAGACGAAGCAUGCGGGACAGCAGGGCCUGAGGGUCAGGAACGAUGCGAAGAUCUUCGCGACGGCGGGCUGGGAUUCUAAGGUCCGCGUGUAUGCGCUGAAGAGCUUGAAGGAGCUGGCUGUUUUGAAGUGGCAUAAGGACGGGUGCUACGCGGUUGCGUUCGCGGAUGUGGACGGGGUGGGGGGGACGAGUGCAGAGAAGGAGGAAGAGGGCGCGCUGGUGAAGAGGGGUGGAGGAGCGCUGACGGUUAAGGAAGAGAGAAUUCGGAGAGCGAAGAGAACACAUUGGUUGGUGGCCGGGAGUAAGGAUGGGAAGGUCAGUCUGUGGGAUAUUUACUAG